AUGCGAACUUUUAUUCUAUUUUGUACCUUUGCAUUUACUGCUGCAGUUCCUAACGGCUACCACUAUGCUGGUCAACCCGGUGUACAAUAUUCGACGGCACCAGUUGCUGCUAAGGCGGUAGACAGCCUGCUGCAUCACAAUCCACAACCAUUGGUUACAAAAAAUUUCUUCAUACAUUCAGCUCCAGAGGAAGAAGAAACUGAAAUCGAACAUCAAGAUAUCGUUAUUGGUGUGCCCCGUAAGAAAUACAACAUUGUAUUUGUAAAAUCACCCGCCACUAAACAACAAAAAACCAAAAUCCGUGUCAUUCCUGCCAUUCAGGAAGAUAGAACCGCGAUUUAUGUUUUGACCAGAAAUACAGCCAAACCUCAAGUUGAAACCUAUGUUGAAGAACCCCACAUCACAAUGACAAAACCUGAAGUAUUCUUUAUUAAAUACAAAACAAAUGCUGAAGCUGAACAUGCUCAGCAUAGUAUUAGAGAUUCAUUUGAACAGUUGGGUGGUUCAAGCAGCAUAUCCAACCAGGGAAUAUCUCCAGUGUCAUCGUUUAUUGGAAGUUUAGAUAAUUUGCGACAUCAGGGUAAAUCGAUUUUUAAUACAAAUUAUGCAUAUGGUGCAUAUUUGCCAGCUGUAAUAAGGUAUUAG